AUGUACAAUGGCUGGUUGCAUUCGGUGUUUAUGACUGGAACAAUCUGCUUCGCGGCAGAUGGAUGCAUUAUUUGGUGCAAACACAACUGUCCAGGAUCGUGGAACGACUCCGACACGUCCCUAGGCUUCCGGAACAGGCUUCUCGAUCCUACAUACUGUCCAGAUCCGCGCAAGAACGUCGUGUCAGACUCCGCGUUCCCGUGCUCUACCGAAAUGACAGGUCGCAUACCUACACCGCUCAAAGACGGCGAUCUGGAGCGACUGACGCCGUCGGUCCGGAGUUCAGCACGGACCCUUCACAACGCAAUCACGUCGGUGAGGCAGGCGGCCGAAUGGGGCAUUGGGAGUGUCCAAAAGGUUUACUCCCGCCUCAACCUUCCGUUGCCUUACGACCCGGAGCUUCGCGGACUCAGGCUGAACAAUUUGUUUCACAUGGCGUAUUACCGUGUGCGGACUGUAGGCAUCUCGCAGAUUCGAACGACAUUCUCCGGUGAAAUGGAGGUAUCCACGCGCUUGUAUUAG